UCAUUGUCCACAUAAGCCUCAUUGUAUUUUGAAAUUUGUUAAUACAAAUGUAUUUUAAUACAAUAGUUUUUUUUUUUUAAAUUUUAUUAUAUUGUAUUAUCAUUGUUAAAUUAUGAAGGAAUAUAAUUUUUUUGUGUACGUUUUGGACUAUUGGUAUUGAUUGGGGUUUUCACUCUUUGAUCGGGUUGACUCACCGGGUUCGGGUUGACCCGUGACCCAUUAAUCUGGUAGGAGUACUUCUCGGGGUACUUCUCGGUCUGAUUUUUACAACAUACGAAGUACUCCGUAUAUGAAAGCAACAAUUUACUCUUCACCCGUCCAUACAAUUUGAUUUUGAUCUUUAAUUUUAUAUGUAGGAUUUUUGUAUUUCAAUUGAAAUCUUGCAAUACAAGAAAUGCAAUUUUUAAUAUGUAAACUUAAGGUUAAGUGGACGUCUCCCUAGGUGCUUAGGGUUUUUGCUUGCGCCGAUUUUUCCUCCUCGAUCGUAGAGGGGGAGUCGUGCUUCGGAUUUGUGAUUGCUAAGGCAGAUUCCUGCCUGGGUUUUGAUUCGUACUACUACUUUGCUUUGGGGGGAUACAAUUUGCUCUUCAGCUUUUGUUCUCUUUGCAGGUGGCCGAGACUUUGACCAAGGCAGAUGGAGGAAAUCGCGGAUAAAUACAAGGAUAUGGCUAUUGGGAAUCAGGAAGAAGAACUGGUGUUUGAGGAGGAAACGUUUGAAGAAGAAGACGACUCGGUCAAUAAGGAUGUGUAUCCGGUAGUAGGGACUGUGAUCACCAACAAGAUGGUAGUAGACGACUCGGCCUCACUGUGGAUGCCGGGUAAGGGGAUCACCAUUAAAGAAAUUGACGAAAAAGGUACAUGUUUACGUUUUAUCACCCCAUAGAUAUGAAACAUGUACUUGAAGAUGGACCGUGGAUUUUUGAACAGAAUUUGCUAGUCCUUCGGGCACUGCAGCCUGGGGAUGUUCCGCUCCUGGUUCCUCUGAAUGAGGCCGAAUUCUGGAUUCAGGUUCAUGAUAUUCCUUAUGACUUUAUGAACUUGGGGGUGGCUAGGAGAAUUGGAAAUUUUGUUGGGAAAUUUGUCAAUUGGGAAAAACCUCAGUUUGAUAAAAAGUGGAAGCUGUAUAUGAGAGUUAGGGCUUGUUUGGAUGUGGGUCAACCCCUUAAGAUUGGAACCACACUCAGGAAGGGUCAGGGCGAAGGACACUGGGUUGACUUUAAGUACGAGAAGUUGCCUAGUUUUUGCUUUUCUUGUGGUAUUAUAGGACAUUCUGACAGGUACUGCCCCCUAGCCUAUGAAAAGAAGAGCACGGACACUACUAGACCGUAUGGGGUCGGCCUGCGAGCUAGGGGAGGGGGGAAAGCACGGCUAGAGGGAGGAAACAAGUGGAUCAUCUCAGACGAACCUAGGAAGGACACCAGGGUAAUCGGAGUAGAGGAAGGCAGCUCGGGCACGGGUAAGAAAGGUUGGAAUAAUCCCUCAAGCAGCAACAAAAAGAGUGGAGGGGAGGAAGCAGAAGAAGCAGCCAUGGCGGACAAGAAUGGAGAGCCAAAGCGUAGGCGGACUUGGGAAGAGACAGGUGGAGCAGGGGCCGAGGGGGAGACCAUGGUUCUGGAUCCAAAAAACGGAGAGGAGGCGGGUUCAGAAGCCCGCCAGACCUUUUGAAGAAGGCUCCAACCGGGAGUGGGUGCUGGUGCUCGUUCCUUUGCUGCAAGACAUUUUAUAAUUUACACGUGUUAUUUAUUUUAGAUUUUACUUUCUGCUCUCAGUUUGUUUUUCUUUCAAUUACUGUUGUUUUGUUGUUCCAGACUGUUACACUUGGUGGGGGUGAUGAGGUUGUUACUCUUGCCACGUUUGGCUCAUGUAGACCCAUGAUAGGAUCAGCGAAU